AUGGCAAGCACUGCCGGAAAGCACAGUGAUCUCUCAUACAGACCCCAACCAGAGGAGAGGCGAAAUGCCUUUGCCGCCAUCGCGUGGGGUGCCGGUCAACCCCUCUCGGUCGAGGACGUCGAGGUUGCCCCUCCCAAAGCCCAUGAAGUGCGUAUCCAGAUCUACCACACUGGUGUCUGCCACACGGAUGCAUACACGCUCUCCGGCAAGGACCCGGAAGGCGCGUUCCCCGUCAUCCUGGGUCACGAGGGUGCCGGUAUUGUUGAGUCUGUUGGAGAGGGCGUGACUAACGUCAAACCUGGCGACCACGUCAUUGCGCUCUACACCCCCGAGUGCCGUGAAUGCAAGUUCUGCAAGUCCGGAAAGACCAACCUGUGCGGUAAGAUCCGGGCUACGCAAGGAAAGGGUCUCAUGCCCGAUGGCACCACCCGCUUCAGGGCCCGCGGCCAGGACAUCUUGCAUUUCAUGGGUACCUCGACCUUCUCCCAAUACACCGUCGUUGCGGACAUCUCAGUGGUAGCGGUGACUCCCAAGGCUCCCACCGACCGUACUUGCUUGCUGGGUUGUGGUAUCACGACCGGAUAUGGUGCGGCUGUCGUUACCGCUAAGGUUGAGGAGGGAUCCAAUGUGGCCGUGUUUGGCGCCGGCUGUGUCGGUCUGUCCGUCAUUCAGGGUGCAGUGCAGAACAAGGCGGGCAGGAUCAUCGUGGUCGACGUCAAUGACAAGAAGGAAGAAUGGGCUCGCAAAUUCGGUGCGACGGACUUUGUCAACCCGACUAAGCUCAACGGCAAGAGUGUCCAGGAGCAGCUCAUCGAAAUGACAGACGGUGGAUGCGACUACACCUUCGACUGCACUGGCAAUGUCGGAGUCAUGCGUGCUGCUCUCGAGGCCUGCCACAAGGGUUGGGGUCAGAGUAUCAUCAUCGGUGUCGCCGCUGCCGGUCAGGAGAUUUCUACGAGACCGUUCCAGCUGGUUACCGGUCGUGUGUGGAAGGGAUGUGCCUUCGGUGGUAUCAAGGGCCGUUCUCAGCUUCCCGGCCUCGUUGAGGAUUACCUGAACGGCAAGCUCAAGGUCGACGAAUUCAUCACGCACCGGGAGCCUCUGGCGAACAUCAACAAUGCUUUUGAGCAGAUGAAGCAGGGUGACUGCAUCCGCUGCGUGGUCGACACGAGGCAGUAA